CCCCUAAAUAUGUUUCAUUUUCCAAAUGCUGGUUAUGCCUUUGGCCCACAUCCAGCUACUAAAAAAAAUUGCAUCAGAUCUUUUUGAUUGAAGAAAUUUCUUUAUCACUGAUAGUUUUGAUUUUAACUAUUCUUUUCCUUUAAUGGCUAAUAGUGGCUUCAUUGUAUGGUUUGCGAAGGUGAUUACAUUGCUAAUUUGUAUGAAUUUAAAACCCUUGUUGGUUAAAGGUGAACAACAGGUGCCCUGUUUGUUCGUUAUGGGUGAUUCUUUAUUUGAUAAUGGAAAUAACAAUAAUCUCCUCACUGCUGCAAAGGCGAAUUAUCCACCUUAUGGAAUUGAUUUUCCUGAUGGUCCUACUGGUAGAUUCACCAAUGGCCGGAAUGUAGCAGAUUUCCUUGCUGAACUGUUGGGUUUCGAUAAGUAUAUUGAGCCAUUCGCUACUGUGAAGGGUGUGGAUAUGUUUAGGGGAGUGAACUAUGCAUCUGGUGCGGCUGGAAUUCUUGACGAAACAGCAAUUCAUGUGGGAGAUAGAAUCAGCUUGAAUAGGCAAUUGCGAAAUCACAACGUGACAAUUUCUCGCAUGUCUACUCUGCUUGGAAACAAGACCUUAACUAAGGAGUAUCUAAGCAAAUGUAUAUACAUUGUUGGAAUGGGUAACAAUGAUUAUAUCAAUAACUAUUUGCUGCCUCAGUUGUACUCGUCGAGCCAUAUGUACAAUCCAGAACAGUUUGCUUCAAUCCUAAUUCAGCAAUACUCAGAACAAUUAAAGACUUUGUACCUUUACGGAGCAAGAAAAGUUGUUGUCUUCGGUCUAGGAGGCAUAGGCUGUGUUCCAUCAGAACUCGAUUUGUAUGGGACAGGGGACUCUGUCUGCAUCAACUCUAUAGAUAGUGCAGUUCGAAAAUUCUCUGACAAGCUUGAACCUAUGAUCGAUGAUCUCAACAGUAGUUUGCCCAACGCAAAGUUCAGCUACAUAAAUUCUACAAGCAUUGCAGUACCAGAUCCUUCAUCCAUCGGUAUAACAAAACUACGUGAGCCCUGCUGCGAAAUUUCGGGCACUAUAGGUGAAGGGCAGUGCAAACAUGGAGGAGGUGUAUGCAGUGAUAGAGCAGCACAUUAUUUUUGGGAUGGUUUUCACCCCUCAGAAGCUCCAAAUAAGGUCACUGCUGAAAGAGCUUACACUGCUCUUCUAUCCACUGAUGUCUAUCCUUUUGACAUUAGUCAGUUGGCUCAGCUCUAAAUAAUAUAGACUUUAGGGCUUGUUUAGUUAGGGAUCAAGUUAUCCAGGGAUUAGUCAUCCCACCAUCAACGCGGGAUAAAAGUAACACUACAUUCCCAGAUCCUGUGAUUUUAUCCCUAUCAAACAUGGGAUAAAUUCAUCCUAAAACUAAUCCCAGGAUUAGGCAUGUAUAACUUAUCCCAAUCCUUAGAUAAACACUAUUCUGCUACCUCAUUUUGUAUAAAUGUAAUUGAUCCUUCAAAUAUGAGUCAAAAUGAUUAAUUAGAGCUUAAACUUGAUGCUAGUAUGCUUAGGCUAAAUCUAGCUAUUGGUUACUUGUAUGUCUUAGACAAGAUCUCUUAGGAGUAUUAACUCCACUGUAUGCGCUCUUUUUGUGUCCGGAGGUUAGGUUGCCAUGUCCCCCUCUGGCUCUGUAAUUUUUGUUAAUCUUAUUAACAUGGUGUU